UCAUACAUACGUACUAUAUUGUGGUGUAUAUAACGAGGAAUAAGCGACGAUGGUGAUAACGGGAUGAGGAGAAUCGGAUUCGCGGCGACUAACUCCGGAGCCUUCACGGCGAAGCUCCUAGUCUCUUCUAUGGCCAUCUCCGCCGGAACCCUAACCCUACCGUCACCGCACCACCUCCGCCUUCGUUUCGCGGGCUCCCCAAGCCUCGUUUCCCACCUCUCUGUCCUUCGCCGACGCGCUUUCUCCAUCUCCUGCUUCUCUUAUUCUUCUUCAGCUUCUUAUCUUCCCGCGCUUGAUGAUUUCUCCUCCAGUUCGGGUGAUUUGGAGAAAAUGGAUAAUCAGAAGGUUAUCCUGAAGGGUAUGAGCUACGCUGAGCUCCAAGAAUGGGUUCAAUCACAUGGGUUUCGUCCGGGGCAGGCUUUGAUGUUAUGGAAGCGGCUAUAUAGAGACAAUAUGUGGGCGCAUGAUGUGGAUGAACUUGAAGGUCUGAACAAAGAUUUCAAGAAAAUGUUGUGCAAUCAUGCUGAACUCAAGGCAUUGUCUUUGAAGGAUGUUCGCACAGCUUCAGAUGGCACUAAGAAGAUUCUGUUCACAUUGGAUGACGGGCUUGUGAUUGAGACGGUUGUUAUACCGUGUGACCGGGGCAGAACGACAGUUUGUGUCUCGAGCCAAGUAGGUUGUGCGAUGAAUUGCCAGUUCUGCUAUACUGGCAGGAUGGGCUUGAAGAGAAACCUUACGGCUGCAGAGAUAGUUGAGCAGGCUGUCUUUGCAAGGCGUUUGGUCACCCAUGAAGUUGGGUUAAUCACAAAUGUCGUAUUCAUGGGAAUGGGAGAGCCAUUUCACAACAUUGAAAAUGUCAUAAGAGCGGCAAACAUAAUGGUGGACGAUCAAGGCCUUCACUUCAGUCCCCGAAAGGUCACGGUCUCUACAAGUGGCUUAGUUCCCCAGCUGAAGCGGUUUCUCCGUGAAUCAACCUGUGCAUUGGCUGUCAGCCUCAACGCAACAACUGAUGAGGUGAGAAACUGGAUCAUGCCCAUCAACAGGAAGUACAAGUUAGCAGUGCUCCUCGAAACACUCAGAGAAGAGCUUCGUUCCAAGAAUAAUUACAAAGUCCUGUUCGAAUACGUUAUGCUUGCGGGAGUUAACGACAGCUGGGUACUCAAGCCCUCGCUGCACCCCGCGAGUACUCGAAGAUCAGGUACUAGACUCUCACGAGGCCGAGACCUAGUUGCUCCAUCGAGCAUGGAUGAUGCAGAGAGGCUGAUAGAGCUCGUGCGGGACAUUCCCUGCAAGAUCAACCUUAUCCAGUUCAACCCGCAUAGUGGAUCUCAGUUCAUUCCGACAGCAGAAGACAAGAUCAUAAAGUUCAGGAAUAUAUUGGCCCAAGGAGGCUGCACAGUGUUCCUGCGUUUGAGUCGAGGCAACGAUCAGAUGGCGGCUUGUGGACAACUCGGUAUGCUCGGCACGAUCCAGGCCCCAUUGCUUCGAGUUCCCGAGCAGUUUCGGACAGCUCUUAGAGCAUCAUCAUGCUAGAUUUUUUGUGCAGAGGAAUCUGAAUUCGUCCUUGCAUCAUGUUGUGACAUUAGGAAGUCAUUGCAAGAGAUGAACUCUCGUGUGUUUGGUUUUGAGACUUGGUUUCGAAGCUUUAACCCAACUUGUUUCAGAUCAGCCACCAUGUCCAUCACUACACUGAUUGUUCAUUUGAUGCAUCCCAUGUGCAAAAGAUUGGCCAGUUUCUUCUUAUC